UCCAGCGCAUUUCCCCCACUGCUCUUCCGGUACUUAAGCCGCCGCUGCUGCUAGUAGGAGUACUUCAGUCACUUUUGUAAAUUAUUAUCGCUGUGCUUCUGGGGUCGACCUGUCGCGCAUAUAUUGCUCUCUCCCUCUCCCGUUGCUUCCUCGGCCGGCCUCCCGUCCCGACGCGUCGCGGCCGCCUUCUCCCCAGAGAUCCCCGUCGAGCUCGCGUGCGCGUGCGUGCGCGCAUUGGGCCGGACUACCUCGUGAAAAGCCGCGUGUUCGUUGGGGGAGAGAUACCGAUGAGGGGCGGCGCCUCGGCGGGCCACCCGCGAUGGAGCUCCGCGGGGACGACGCCGCGGUCGCUGAGCACGGGCUCCUCGCCGCGCGGCUCCGAGCCGGCCUCCGAGGACGGGGAGGAGCUGGUGGAGGUCACGCUCGACCUGCAGGACGAUGACACCAUUGUGCUGCGGAGCGUGGAGCCGGCCGCGGCGGCGCUGGGCUCGGGCUCGGGGGCGCUGAGGCUGCCGGUGCCGGCGCGGGGCGAGCUCGCGGACGGCGGCUGCGGCGCGUCGUCUUCCUCGUCGCGGUCCCCGUCGAUGCGCCGGACGUCGUCGUACCGGCUGCUGCAGCUGUCGCAGGAGCUCAUGGCCGGCGCGCGGCACUUCUCGCACGACCUCACCAAGCGGUUCAGCCGCAGCCACAGCCACAGCCGCGACGAGGCCCACCACCACCACCAGCAGCCGUCGUCCGGCAUCGAGUCGGCGCUCGCCGCCCGCGCCGCGCGGCGGCAGCGCGCGCAGCUGGACCGCACGCGCUCCGGCGCGCACCGGGCGCUCCGCGGCCUCCGCUUCAUCAGCAGCAACAAGGCCAGCAACGCCUGGCGGGAGGUGCAGGCCAACUUCGACCGCCUCGCCCGCGAUGGCUACCUCUCCCGCUCCGACUUCGCGGAAUGCAUAGGGAUGACUGAGUCCAAGGAGUUCGCCCUGGAGCUGUUCGACACGCUGAGCCGGCGGCGGCAGAUGAAGCUGGACACGAUCAGCAAGGAGGAGCUGCGAGAAAUCUGGCAGCAGAUCACCGACAACAGCUUCGACUCCCGCCUCCAAAUCUUCUUCGACAUGGUGGAUAAGAAUGCGGACGGCCGGAUCGGGGAGGCGGAGGUGAAAGAGAUCAUCAUGCUGAGCGCGUCCGCCAAUAAGCUGUCGAGGCUUAAGGAGCAAGCGGAGGAGUACGCCGCGUUGAUCAUGGAGGAGCUUGACCCCGAAGAGCUGGGAUACAUCGAGCUUUGGCAACUGGAGACACUUCUGCUGCAGAAAGACACGUACGUGAACUACAGCCAGGCGUUAAGUUACACAAGCCAGGCACUGAGCCAAAACUUGGCACUAAGGAAGAAGGGCUCCAUCCGCAAAAUAGGCAACUCUUUGAUCUACUAUUUGGAGGACAACUGGAAACGCUUGUGGGUGCUCGCCUUGUGGAUUGGAAUAAUGGCUGGACUCUUCACCUGGAAGUUCAUCCAGUACCGCGAGCGCUAUGUCUUUAAAGUGAUGGGCUACUGCGUGACAACUGCAAAGGGCGCCGCUGAAACCUUGAAGCUGAACAUGGCAAUCAUCCUCCUGCCGGUGUGCCGCAACACCAUUACUUGGCUGCGGAAUACAAGGGCUGCACGUGUAUUGCCAUUUGAUGACAAUAUCAACUUCCACAAGACUAUUGCAGCAGCAAUUGUGGUUGGUGUUAUUCUCCAUGCAGGGAACCAUCUUGUAUGCGAUUUUCCACGGCUUAUACGUUCAUCAGAAGAAAUGUAUGCUCCUUUGGGAAUUUAUUUCGGGGAAACAAAGCCAACAUAUCUUGCAUUGAUCAAAGGAGUGGAGGGCGUCACCGGGAUAAUCAUGGUUGUGUGCAUGAUAAUUGCUUUUACGUUAGCAACUCGGUGGUUCCGGCGUAGCCUAGUAAAGCUUCCAAAACCAUUCGACAAACUGACUGGCUUCAAUGCUUUCUGGUACUCCCACCAUUUGUUUGCCAUUGUGUACGUGGCUCUCAUUGUUCAUGGCCAGUUUGUGUACCUUAUUCGUGUCUGGUACAGAAAAUCGACAUGGAUGUAUCUUGCAGUGCCUGUGUGCUUGUAUCUAGGGGAGAGGAUUCUGAGGUUCUUCAGGUCUGGCAGUUAUGCUGUCCGGCUCUUGAAGGUGGCCAUUUAUCCUGGCAAUGUCUUGACGCUGCAAAUGACCAAACCUGCGACCUUUCGUUAUAAAAGUGGGCAAUAUAUGUUUGUUCAGUGUCCAGCAGUGUCGCCCUUUGAAUGGCAUCCCUUCUCAAUUACUUCAGCCCCUGGAGAUGAAUAUCUCAGCAUUCAUGUUCGGCAACUUGGUGACUGGACACGAGAGCUCAAGAGAGUAUUUUCCGCGGCUUGUGAGCCCCCAGUGAGUGGAAAAAGUGGCCUUCUUAGAGCAGACGAGACAACUAAGAAAACCUUACCAAAGCUUCUGAUCGAUGGCCCUUACGGUUCUCCUGCUCAGGAUUACGGCAAGUAUGAUGUUUUACUGCUUGUUGGAUUAGGAAUUGGUGCAACACCCUUUAUCAGCAUUUUGAAAGAUCUCCUCAACAACAUCAUUAAGAUGGAGGAAGAGGAGGAUACUUCUACGGAUCUUUAUCCACCAGUUGGUCGGAAUAAGCCACAUGUUGAUCUGGGUACGCUUAUGAGGGUUACCACAAGACCAAGGAAGGUUUUAAAGACUACAAAUGCUUACUUUUAUUGGGUGACACGUGAGCAAGGCUCUUUUGAUUGGUUCAAAGGAGUCAUGAAUGAGAUUGCCGACAUGGAUCAAAGGAAUAUCAUUGAGAUGCACAACUACCUCACAAGCGUUUACGAGGAAGGGGAUGCUCGGUCAGCGCUCAUCACUAUGCUUCAAGCUCUGAACCAUGCCAAGAAUGGUGUCGAUGUUGUCUCUGGAACUAAAGUUCGGACACAUUUUGCAAGACCAAAUUGGAAAAAGGUCCUAGCCAAAAUUGCCUCCAAGCACCCGUAUGCCAAGAUAGGUGUCUUCUACUGUGGAGCUCCAGUCCUGGCACAAGAACUUGCGAAACUUUGCCACGAGUUCAACGGGAAGUGCACCACAAAAUUCGAGUUCCACAAGGAGUAUUUCUGAAUUCCAAGUAGACACUUGACAGGAAACGAGAAUAGAGACUAUGCUACUUGUACAGCAUUUUUGUCCUGGUAUAUUCUUUAUAAAGGACAGGAGAGGCCAAGGUGAAGAAGCAACCAUAGCCAUCGCCCCAGCCGUCUUGCUGGACAGCACUCCAAAAUCCCAAAUGCGCCAACAAGAAGGAUGUAGAACUACAUGUGGCGUCCAUGAUGGCUUUUACAACAUGGACCUGCGAGGGGAUUCCUCCCGGUAGGCCUCGAAUGCACAGAGACCACCCGAAGAAGACCUUGAGCUUCUCCAGCAUAUAUAGUUGGGAGUAUAGGAUGAUGAUAUGUAGGACAUAGGAAGGGAACCGCGAGCCACAAGGCUAAUUAACUGUAUAUUUUUUAUCAUGCAGCUGAGUGCCUGACCAAGGCAAAAAGUACGCUUGUGUCUGUAUUUUUACAUACAGAAAAUGAGAAAGAAAAGUGAAAGAAAAAAAAGAAAAGGUA